UGCAAAGUCUUCGUCUUUGUUAAAGCUAUGGAGCUUCCCGAUCUUCACAACAAGUAUUGGGUGCUCAGGCAUGGACGAAGCGUUCCCAACGAGUUGGAUCUAAUCGUCUCACACGAGGCUAAUGGAGUUCUGCCUGGGUAUGGGCUUGCUCCUCAGGGCCUUGUGCAAGCAAGAAACGCUGGCAAAAUCUUCGUCAAGGAACUCAAGAAAUUUAGUCUAGACAAUGUCUGGAUCUAUUCUUCCCCGUUUAGCCGCACGAUCCAAACAUCUGAGUGCGUUUUGGAAGCGGUGGAUGCAAGCUUUGAGAAUACACGCAUUCAUGUUCUUAGUGAGCUUAGGGAGCGAUACUUUGGGCCAUUCUAUGAACUAAAGUCGCGCUUGGAGUACUCUCACGACGAUAGAAAGGAUCCCUUUGUUGGGCCUGAAGGCGGUGAAAGUGUCAUGGAUGUGUACGAGAGAGUGCUCAAAGCAAUUCAUGAAAUCGAGCGACAAACGCACGGGUCUGCUGUUUUGAUUGUUGGCCAUGGUGAUGUUCUUCAAAUCCUCCAGGCAGUAGUGGACUACAGGAGCUCAGAAAAGCUCGGAACAUAUGAAGAACUUGCCAGUAGCUUGUCCAAACACAAGAGAUUUGAGCUUUCUAAUGGCGAGCUUAGAGAGCUCAAUUAGUCAUCCAUAUUUUAUAUUUUUCCGUUUACUAUUAGUUUUUUAUUCAAA